CUUCUUCCAUUUUUCUCUUUUCCAGUUCUCAGACUCACAGUUGGCCACAGCCUUCUCCAGUUAACGACCGCUCCAAACCAUCAAUGGAGGUCGCCACCACGGCUUCAAGCUUCGCGCUUCACACGCGCAUGUUAGCAUCACCAACCACUCGCCGAGCCCUAAACUCUAGCCGCACCCAAACGACGUCGUCCCCUACCCUUCCCAGAGCUUCCCUCUCCACCAAUUUCCUCUCUCCCUUCGCUGGCACCAGCAUCUCUUCCGAAUUUUCCGGCCACAAGCUCCGCCCCUCGAGCCUCAACCCGGGGUCUUUCCGUGGCUCCAAGCCCAAACGCGGUGUCGUCACCAUGGUUAUUCCGUUCCAAAGAGGAAGUGCAUGGGAGCAACCGCCUCCAGACCUGGCAUCAUAUCUGUACAAAAAUCGAAUUGUGUACUUGGGCAUGUCACUUGUUCCUUCAGUGACGGAGUUGAUACUGGCGGAGUUUCUCUACCUUCAGUAUGAAGAUGAAACGAAGCCCAUUUACUUGUACGUAAAUUCUACUGGAACAACCAAGGGUGGUGAGAAGUUGGGUUACGAAACAGAGGCUUUUGCAAUAUAUGAUGUCAUGAGGUAUGUCAAACCACCUAUAUUUACUCUUUGUGUUGGUAAUGCUUGGGGAGAAGCUGCCUUACUUUUGGCUGCUGGUUCGAAGGGAAACCGUUCUGCUUUACCCUCAUCAACAAUCAUGAUGAAGCAGCCAAUUGCAAGGUUUCAAGGUCAAGCAACAGAUAUUGAACUUGCAAGAAGGGAAGUGAGGAAUGUUAAAGACGAGUUGGUUAAGCUCUUUUCAAAGCAUCUUGGAAAGUCAACUGAGCAAAUUGAAGCAGACAUUAGACGUCCGAAAUAUUUUAGUCCUAGUGAAGCAGUUGAAUAUGGCAUCAUAGACAAGGUACUAUACAAUGAAAGGACUACCGAAGACAGAGGAGUUGUCUCAGACCUGAAAAAAGCACAACUUAUUCCGUAGGAAGACUUUGAAUGAUCGUCAGAAGGAAUAUUCAGAUUGAAGUUUAUGUGGCGAUUAGCUUUCGAGAGUUCUGGAACAAGAGUUGCACAAAUAUUUCCAGUCAAGAGCUGCAGUUGGUAACACAAAUAUUUCCAGUGCAGCAAAGGAAGGCAUAAUACAUAGCCUAAAUUUGUAUCAAGUACAAAUAACUGUCAUUGUAUUCUUCUUUGGUCAAAGGUACAUCUAGUUCUAGCAUGAUUAAGUGUAAAACCAGUUGAAAAAACGAAAGUGACAUGUUCUUUUCUGUUCUUUUCUUUUAAUUUACACUUGUUAAAGAUGUUUGUUGAUUUGUUAUUAAAUGAAAACCAUAUUUUUGA